AUGGCCGAGUCCCCACGCCAACUGGUCAAGCUAGAGCUACCGCCGGGCGCGAGGCUUGGUGUUGCGAUCACACCGCCCACGAACGGCGUCACGAACCGUGGCCUCAAGAUCGACAAGGUCCUGAACGAGCUCUUCUUUGGCCGCAUCAGCCAUGGCGACCUCCUUGUCGAGAUCGGUGGUACGCCGCUCGAUGGCAUGACGUUUGCCGACGCGGUCAACCUCAUCAAGACGAAGCCACGCCCGCUUGCACUGACGUUUGAGAUUGCACCCGCGCAUGAAAAGACGGCCGCCUCGGCAGAGGACCUUAACCUGCCGUCGUACAAUGUGGUGUUUGACGACGCCAAGAUGGGCAUCAACCUCGAAGCUGGCGCGCGCUUUGGCGUUGAUGGCGCGAUCGUAAAGGGUGUCCGCGACUUCGCUGAGGAGUCGGGUAUCGCGUCCGGCGACAUUCUGUACAAGGUCAACGGCACCGAAGUGCUCUUUAUGUCGCUCAAGCAAGUCCAGAACCUCAUCAAGGCCACGCUGCCGCCGCGGUCGCUCGACUUUAUCCCAAAUACGAUUCUCGAGGAGGUCCAGCUCAUAAACCUCAGCAUGUCGGUUAUCGAGAAGAAUGCGCGCGUCGGCCGUGCCGGGGUCGGCUUGGCACGGACGCCGCUGAAGCCGGAAAAGUCCAUCACGGAAAUCAUCCAAGAGAACCGAUUGACGGUCAUCAAAGAAGGCCCGCUGUACCAACUAGACGACAAGACCAAGAUAUGGAAGGCGUGUCAUGUCGUGCUUGCAGUCACAAAGCUCGAGUACUUCAAGGACGCCAGAGAUAAGACGGUGCAGGGUGUUGUCAACUUUGUAGACUGCCUUUGUACCGUGCGGUCGCUGCCGUCAACAUCGGCCAACCUCAUGGAUGCACACGUCGACUACGUCCUCGAGCUUGAGGCUGGCGACCGCAAGCUCAUCAUGGCGUGCUUAUUCGAGGAAGAGAAAGUGGAGUGGCUCGAGGCGCUCAAGGUCGCUAUUGACGCGUCCAAAACACUCCAGAGAGCGUCAUUGGUCGAGUCAACGCAGCUCGAGCGCAGUAGCCGCAUGCCCUCGAUCCUCGAAGAAGGCAUCAAUGGUACACUGCAGUCGAUUCCCGAGGGGCAGGAAAAACCGUUAAUCGCCAGCACUACUUCGAAUGGCCCAACUGUCGACAUCGAGAUCCUCUCGAUCCAGACCCCCGCCAAAGCCUCCUCCCAAAUGAACCUGUUCUGCGAGGUGACGCUCGGCUCCGAGACGUUCAAGACAUCGGUCGUCACGGCCUCGCUCAACCCGCAAUGGACAAAGGACAACAAGGUCACUUUUGACGUCCCAGGCGACGACGACGAUAUUGAAAUCCGCGUCUACGACGAGCGCAUGUACAUCGGCCCUGUGUAUAUGUCGGUCGUGGCGAUCCCGAUUGCGUCGCUGCCCAACAAGACCACGAUGAAGCAGACGUACGCGCUCAUUCCAGCGGCCCGCAGCGCCAAAUCGUCCAUCACGCUUUCUCUGCGCUACAACAACGCCAAACUGGACCAAGAGAAGACGUCGGAGCCGGAGUACGAGGUGGGCCCACCCGUCAUGACCGCGACCAGCUUGAAGACGUCCAAGACGCCUGACAUCCAAGAGACGCUUCACCAACUCCCCGCCACGGAGCCCAAGGACAACAAACUCGGAAUGCUGAAGGCAGUCCUUCAACGCCCUGAAGGCGACAUCAAUAAAACCGACGAGCUUGGGUACACAGCCUUGGCGCGCGCGGUCCUCGCGGGGCAAGAUCAUGUUGUCAACGGCCUGCUUAAGCGUGGAGCGGACGCUUGGAUCCCCCUUCCGAUGAAGCUGACUACGCUGGCAGAAGCGGUCAAGCGCGGGCAUCGUAGCAUGGCCCGAGUGCUCUACGAUCGCAUGUACCCGGGUCCUAUCACGAUGGCGUCCAUGGACGGAAUUACGGACUUGAGCUUGAUGACGCGCCAAGCCGGUUCCGAUGUCGACCUCUACCGAGCUACGUACCGUGGCAAGACUGUGGUGCUCAAGGGCCCGCGGUACCCUAAUACGCGCCUCAUGAACCUCAUUCACAACGAGGUGCACGAAAUGCAAGGAUGUACGUCGCCGUACGUGCAGCCGCUGCUUGCUGUCAUCGACAAUGGAUCGCACGAGCCGCUGAUCACGAUACCCGACUGCGGCGCACUCAUGACAUUGAAGAACGCGCGCUAUGGCGUGGAUGUGCCAUUGCCAGUCUCGACAGUCCAGGUGGCCCUCGUGCUCGCCAAAGCCCUUGCGGACCUCCACCGCCUUGGCAAAGUACACCGAGAUGUCAAGAGCCUCAACAUCUUCCUCUCGACAGAGCACUACAUUCGUCUCGGCGAUCUCGGCUCGGCGCGCACCCUCGACGACAGCAUGUCGUCCAACGUCGGCACCAAGUUAUGGAUUGCGCCCGAAGUCCAUCGAGUCGGUCGCAGUGGCAGCGGCCCCGGAUAUAGCACAUCUGCUGACAUCUACUCGUUCGGCGUCGUCCUCACGGAGCUCGACACGCGCGAGAUGCCAUACGCCGACAUGGCCGACAAGGAUGUCACCCCCCAACAAGUGCGCGACGGCAAGCUGCGCCCGAAGAUGAGCGACAACUGCAAGCCAUGGCUGCGCGCUCUCGCCGACCAGUGCUUGGAGCUGAACCCCGCCAAGCGCCCGACAGCAGAGGCGAUCAUCGACGUGCUCACCGCACAUCUGCAUGACGACGACUGCACUUCCAUCUGCUGGAUACGGUCCCGCCGCUUAAGCGACACAGGACCAAGGAGGUAG